GGAAACUCGCGAGUGCGUGCUUCCAGGUGAAAAUUCCUCUCCGGUUUGGGCCCACUCUCUCGUAUUGCUGCUGAGAGAAAGAUUGCAUUUUUCUUCUUUUUUUUUUUGUUUCUGCUACGAAAAAAAAACGAGAGCGAGAACGAUCGCGCACCGGAACAACAAUGAUCGGCAGUGACUACGUGCUCGAGGCGCACAAUAUUUACCAUACAACCGAGGUUGACACCGGUGGUUGCUUCAAUGGCGGUGCCCAAUCGGCACUGGUGCUCAAAGGAGUCCACCUGACCGUUCACAGCGGCGAAGUGAUGGCCAUUCUCGGCUCGAAGGGAAGUGGAAAGCGAGCCCUGUUGGAUGUGAUUGCCCGCCGUUCGGAAGGAUCAUCCCGGGGUCAGGUGCUGCUCAAUGGAUCCCCGGUGACCAAGUCGCUGUUUCAGCAACGCUGCGGCUAUGUGACGCACUCGUGCGACUUCAUUCCGGGCUUGACGGUGGCGCAAACCUUGAACUAUACUCCCACCAUUUUGGGAGGCUACCUGAAAAGUUCCAAGGUUCGUCAGGUGCUAGCGGAUCUAGCUCUAUCGCAGGUGUCGCACAAGAAGGUCGAAAAUUUGAACAUCAGCGAAAAACGACGGCUGGCCAUCGGAGUCCAGCUGGUACGGGAUCCGGUGAUGUUGCUGCUGGAUGAACCAACGCAGGGGCUGGAUCCGUUGAGUGCAUAUCUGCUGAUCAGCAUUCUGUCCAAUUCGGCCAAAAAGACCGGCUGUGGGAUUUUGCUGUCCAUGGAGAAGCCACGGUCGGAUGUGUUUCCGUUUUUGGAUAGAGCACUGUUCCUGUGUUUGGGAGGUGCUGUCUACUCCGGAGGAACCCGAGCGAUGUUGGAGUACUUCCACGGUAUUGGAUUUCCGUGUCCGCAGCUGGAGAAUCCUCUGAUGUACUAUCUUUGCCUGUCGACGGUUGAUCGCAGAUCCCGCGAUCGCUUCCUCGAAUCCAGCCAGCAGAUCGAAGCCCUGGUGGAGCGCUUUGCCCGUGAAUCACCGCUCCCGGAGGCACCGAUCAACCCCAUCGGCAGCGGCAAGAUCCCGUUGGCCUACGGAAAGCCAGGUGAGCUGAAGGUAUGGGGCAUCCUCUACCUACGGCUGCUGGCGGCAACCUUCUCCUGCGGCACGGCCGGUAUGAAGGCCAUGUUUCUGCGACUGCUAGCCCUGCCGGCUGCGAUGGGACUGAUGUGGCUGUUCUACAACGAGACCGCGGACGAUUCGCAUGGUUUCUUCAGCAAGAGUGGGCUGAUCUUGUCCGUGCUGGGGUUGAGCUAUGGCGUCGGGAUUUGGACCACGAUUUCGUUGUUCCCAGCAUGGCGCAAGCGCUUCUGUCAGGAGUACUCGGAAGGAAUGUACACCGGCGCAACGCUGCUGGUCGCAUAUAAUGCAGUUUCGAUGCCGUUCUCGUUCAUCUCGUCUGCGGUCGGUGCAUGCGUCCUCUACCCCCUGGUUCUGAAUCCAGCCAUCCCGGACGGCCUAAUCUUCAUGUACAUCCUGAUCGCCUUGUGGUCCAGCUUCAUGCUUGCCGAACAGCUGAGUAUCGCCUUCCUAUUGGUCGUCAAAUCCCAGAUCAACGCUGCUAUUGCCGUUUCGUACAUUUUGAUCAUCUGCCUGACACUGGCCAGCGGCACUGUACGCUCGUACAAAGGCCUUUCGCCGUGGUUGCAAGAGAACGCCAAGGGGGUGCACACCAAGUAUGCCAGCUCGUUGCUCCAUUCGACGAUCUUCCAUGCACGACCGAUGGAGUGCACGCCGGGCAGUGGGGUGGUUUGUCCGCUGCCGGCCGAGUACCUGCUGGAGCGGAUCGGCAAAGCUCACCCACAGGAGAUGACCGAUAUCGCUGCCUGUAUCGCCUUUGCCCUGGGGCUGUGUGCGUUCAAUAUGUUUCUCUAUCUGCUUCCGAUGCCGCGGUGCGUCCGAAGGAAGUUUAGGGACUGAGAAGGUGGGCGACGAAUGGAGAUAAAUUAUUUACU